UGUCAUGCUUCUUUCAUUUUUUUUUUUUUUUAACUUCAGUAAAUAUUUUUUUGUUAACUUUAAUAAAGAAGACAUUUUAUGAUAGAUCUUUUAAAAUUUCAUAAAGUUAAGGAAAACUGGAAAAAAUUGUCAUUGCUUUCUGUUUCAUCCUUUAUUAUCUGCUCUUCGGUGACUGAGAUCUGGUAUUUUACAGUCUUUUUUUUGCCCCCACCCCAAAUGCUGUUUAUUUGCUUUAGAAUUAACACAACUACUAAAUCCAUUGUAUAAAGUCAUAGUGAGUUAAGAUUAUUACUAUUCCACUGUCCUUUGUUUCAAUAUUGAAGUUUAUAUACUUAUAUCACACAUGAAUAUACAAAUACUUGGUAUUUGAAGGUUAAAGUAGAGACAGAUGUAAGAGUGAGGUAUGUAGCUCUACUCUAGUCUCAGAAACUGUUCUAGGUCUAAGCAAGUCUGCGAGGGACUAGGGAUUAUUCCUGAGUUACUCUGAGAUUGUAGAGUUCUGCAUUAAUUAAAAAUAUUCCUGAAGCAUGUGUUUUCUUUUAAAACACAAAUUGUAAAACAAAUAAAAUCAGCAAAGAAUUUAAUGCAGAGACUUUAUAAAUUUAUGUAUAAAUUCUGUCUUGAAUCCCGGCAUGUGACCAAGGAGCUCUUCAUUGGCUAGUAUGGCUUACAGUUGCCAUUUUCUUAAAUGCCUACAAUAAGCCCUGCGAAAUGCAAUAGAUAGAAACUUUUAAAAACACAUAUUCCAUGUGGAAAAAUUAACUAAAGUUUAUGUUCUAUUUUUUCCUGUGUUGAAAAGUUGUGUAGACUAAUUUUUUAGAACUUUCACAUGUAGCAUAAUCAACUUUAUUUUUAUUUGCCUCUCUCAAUCUGUCAGUUUGCCACUCCAAGCAAAAACAGAUAACCAAACCGAAAAAUCGUUUUUAGUAAAAGGACAAGUAGAGAGAGAGUACUACUUAAGAUAAAUUCUGCGGAAACAAAAAUUAAGGAUGUUUUAAAUCUAAUGUGAUUAAAAAACUAAACCCACUGCCAUCGAGUUGAUUCUGAUUCAUAGCGACUGUAUAGGACAGAGUAGAACUGCCCCAUAUGGCUUCCAAGGCUGUAAAUCUUUACAGAAGCAGAUUGCCAUACCUUUCUCCUGCGGAACGGCUGGUGGGUUCGAACCCCUGACCUUUAGGUUAGCAGCCAAGUGCUUAACCAGUGUGCCAACCAGGGCUUCUCUAAUGUGAUUAACCACAGUAAAAUUUGUGAUUGCUUUAGUUCCUGAAUGCUCUAACAAUGCUUAAAUGUUUAAAUCUCAGGAACAAUAUGCUAUGCAAAUUAUUUAUUAUCAGAAUCUCUGAUCCCUUAUUAUUUCUGCUAUGCCACUAUUAGAAACAGAUUUUCUGAGUGUUUGUUUCUAUCCCAAUUUUCUCUAGUGGAGUUCUUCCAAGACUUUACCUGAGGUUAAAUAUUCACAUUUCAUGAAGCAGUUUAAAACUUGUUUAGCUCUGUUUCAGUAUCUUAUGGGCAAACAUCUUCAUUUUUUUCUCCAGGAUGUAAAAUGAAAUAUUAAAUGAAGACCAAGUUUACAAAUACAAAGCUGACUUUUUACAAUGUCAGAUAAUAAUUAAUUACUUAACGAUGGCUAACCUUACUACAGUGUUAUCGGCCACAGUUGUUUUAUAACAAGAGUCUAUGUAUCCUUGUAGCAAGCUCUUUGGAGGGACUGACUUUGUACUAGUACCAUAUAUGGUUAGUUUUUAUCAGCUUUUAUGGUUUUAAUAGAGUGAAACAGUUUUCUCUCUUUACCCCCAAAAUGAAUUUAAAGUAUAAAUAAUAUUUUAUCAAAUAGUGUCCUGCUGUAAGUAAAGGGUAUUAAUUUACCACUCACUAGUUCCUGUCCUCCCACAGAUUCUCUCUGUUCACUGCUUAUAUUGUUGCUGCAUAUUUUCGUAGUCUAUUAAUAAAUAUUCCAAUUCCUUCCACCUACAUGUUUUUUUUUUUUUCUUCUCUUUUUCUUACCCUGUUUGCCUUCCAGUUUAUUCACUGAGAAGUUCUCUAUAUUAAUUGCUGUGUUCUGUCUGAUGUUUAAUUACGCUGGUGGUACAGAUUGUAGGAUGAUAAUAGUUAAAUUUUUCUGGACAGUUACUUUUCUCUGGGGGUAUUGAGGGUAAAAGCUGUGAUUAUUGUUAACAGGAGUGAGCUCUCAGGUGGAAGUUGGUGAGCUUCCAGGUGAUUGGAAAGAAUUCAGAGACAGUCACAGGAUCCAUCCUAUAUAGGCAGAUUGUGAUUUAAGGAGAAAUAGAAUAUAUAAGGCCAAAUCAAUAAUUCCAUAUAAUGUAGAGCAAAUUAUUCUAAAUAUGUGAACAUAAAUUCUAUUUCAAACAUAUAGCUAGACUAACAUUUAUUUCAGCUACUCCGUGCCUUAUAGAGAAAAAGAUUUUAAUGUGGUAUACCUAGUUGGAAACAUCUGAAUUGUUCUAGAGAUAGUCUUAAAAUCUGUCUUAAUGUGACUGAUGUGAAAAUCAGAAGACAUACUGGUAACAAACAUUUGUAUUCUACACCUAUUUUGUGUUUAGAAAUAGUUUGGUAUGUUGUAAUCCUAAAUUUGUCAUUUAUAAGAGCUAUGUGGCCGUGCAUGAAUUACUUAAUCUCUUUGGGCCUCAGUUUUCUUUAUUUUAAAAAUAAGAAUGGUAAUUUCUAUCUGACUGUGUUGAUCUGAAGAUUAAAUUAAGAUUAUAUAUAAAACUAUAUAUAUAGGCCCAUGUGAUGCAGUAGAGUCACAGAUGACAAGCACAAGUUGAGGGUCAGAUUGCCAAGUGUUGAAUGUUAGCCUAGCUAGCAGUAAUUUAUCUAAGUUACAUCAGUAGCAUGGGGAUAGUACUUUCCUCCGAGGGUUGUCGUGAGAUUAAUUGACCUGAUGUCUGAAAAGCAUUUACGUGGUGCUUUAUAGAUAGAUAGAUGCAUGGAUGGAUGAGUGGAUGGAUACAUAGUCUUUGCAAAUAGAAAUCCUCUGGUUUCAAUUCCUUUGCUUUCUGUUUUAGAAUUGUUAGUACUAUCCUAAAGGUACAAAAUUUUAGAUUUGUUAAAUACAUAGUUUAUUUAUGAUGUCAACCAUUUGGUGGUGGUAAAAUGCAUGUGCUUUAGAAUAAACUCCAAAUCUGCUCUAUCAUUUAUUACUUUGGUCUGGCUACUUAAGCCAUGGUUUUCUCAUCUGUAAAAUGGAAUAACAAUACCUAUGUCAUAAGGUUAUUGUAUUGAUUGAAGAAAGCAACAAUAGUCAAUAUUGAUUGAGUACUUUCCAGACAUUAUUUCACUUAAUUCUCAUGAGAACUUUGUGUGGUAUGAGCAAUUAUUGCUAUUUUAUAGAUGGAGAAACUAAGACUUAAAAGAGGUCAGUGUCCAGUAUUAUACAACUAGUUAAUGAUGGAGCCAGGAUUAGUGCCUAAGUCUUUUAGGCAUAAGUGCCCAUAAGCACUUAUCUGUUGUGCAGUUUAGAUUUUCACGGUGUUUUUGCAUGGAACACAUGCUUAGUAAAUUGCAGUUACUACUGCUCCUGCUGUUUUAUAUUAAUGAUCUUUUUCAAAGUGCUCACUGUGUUCAUUAACAACUUUUGUGAUAUGUAUCACUGUGAGAUCACCAAAAAUAAAGUGUAGAUUUAAAUAAAAUUUAGAGACCCUUAGUUACUGAAUUCUCUUUUCCCUAUAUGUGUACUCAGAUAUGUACAUAUAAUACUUGUAUGUACACACAGUUUUUUAGAUACGUAUUUUAGAUAUAUAUCUGCCAAAAAUUUUUAAACAUUAUAGUUUCAAUAUCACAUGAUAAAUAAAUGAACAUACAUAUUAGGGAAAAUACAGAUAUGUUCAUGCCUAAGUGAGACAAUUAUAAGAGUAUUCAUACCUGACUCUUUUUCCUCGAAAUCAGAUUAGGUCUUAUUGUUGCUCACUAACACUUUACUGAAUAUUGAGCUGGAGCAAAAAUUAAUCUGACUGUUUUUUGUUGAUUCUUGAAUUUGCAAUAAUUUUUGGCUACUUAUUAUCUUUUUUUCUUUGAUGAAAGCUUGUAAAUUCCUAAAUUAUUGGAAUUGUGUUUGAUUUUUUAUUUUUUUAAUUUUACUACUACUGCUGGUAAUGAUCAAGAACCUUAUCCCUACUUUUUAAAUUAUAAUAGUAAUAUUUUCACCAUUACAGUAAUUGAGAAGUUGUUUUAUAUAGUUACAGAUUGUUUCGAUGAACUUGAACAAAAUGUUUCUAGUAUAAUUUUGACCUCUAAAUAAUAGCUUCUUUUAAUCUUAUUGUUUUAUUCAGUAAAUCACUAGGCUUUUUGUUUUGUUUUUUUCCUUCCCCAUCCCUGAUGCUAUCUCUCUAUUGUGGGAUUUGUAUCUGUAUUUAAUCUCUGACUCAAGGGAGGGGGCAAAAAGCUAAAUUCAAAGGUAAAAGCUUCUAAUGAGCAUCAAUAUAUUUCUGUAAAGUGGAAUGAUACUUGUGAUGUUCAGUUAAGUCUGGCAAAAUCAUAUGAACACAAUUUGUUUUUUAUGUUAAGUCAGAUUUGUUUUAAUAAUUAGCUAUUUUUACCAGUGAGAUAAAGAUAUAAAAUGUCUUUGCAUCCAGCAUCUUAUUUAAAUAGUCUUUGGAAGACAUUAUUCUUUUUGUGUAGACUGUUUUUUAUAUUUAACCAUUCCACUGCCUUUCCAAUCUGAAGAGUCUCUGAACUAAGAUUAUAUUUCAUUUUAGGUGGUAUGAAAUAAAAUGUUGUGACUAUCUUUAGCCCAUCCAUUUUUGAAGAUUUAAUUUGGCAAACCCACAUUAGAUAAUUUAGCAGAAGAGGAAUCAUAUUGUUUAUCUUAUAAUAAAUAGUAAAACCUUCACUAAUUCAGAAUUUAUGAUAAUUCAGAUGCAGUAUUUGUGAUCUUUUUUCAGUAAAAAUUCAACAUAAUUUCUUCCUCUGUGAAUUUUCAGGGUCAUACUUAUAAGGGGAAACCUGUCUAAAAUCACUAGCUUUUCAAACCAAGGGCUCAAGAAAUGAAGGAUUCCUUCAACGUGCCUUCAGCCUCUGGGUCCAGCAGUUAAUUCUUAUGGAAGUGGAGAAAGAGGAGAAAAGGAUGCAAGCAAAAUCACAACAUAUCCUCCAGGCUCCGUGCGAUUUGACUGUGAGCUCCGGGCAGUACAAGUCAGCUGUGGAUUUCACCAUUCAGGUAGCAGCUGGAACUUUAGGUGGUUUUAAUGGAAAAUGGAGAUGUCUAUACAUUUGGAUAUGGGCAACAUGGGCAACUAGGACAUGGAGAUGUCAAUUCCAGGGGAUGUCCCACUCUUGUUCAAGCAUUGCCAGGUCCUAGCACACAAGUUACUGCAGGCAGCAACCACACGGCAGUACUGUUAAUGGAUGGACAGGUCUUCACAUUUGGAAGUUUUUCUAAAGGACAACUGGGCAGACCAAUUUUGGACGUGCCAUAUUGGAAUGCAAAGCCAGCUCCCAUGCCUAACAUUGGAUCAAAAUAUGGACGGAAAGCUACCUGGAUAGGUGCAAGUGGGGACCAGACUUUCUUACGAAUUGAUGAAGCACUUAUUAAUUCUCAUGUGCUUGCUACAUCAGAAAUUUUUGCCAGCAAACACAUAAUAGGCUUGGUACCUGCUUCUAUAUCAGAACCUCCUCCAUUUAAAUGUCUUCUGAUAAAUAAAGUGGAUGGGAGCUGUAAAACUUUUAAUGAUUCUGAGCAAGAGGAUCUGCAAGGAUUUGGUGUAUGUCUUGAUCCUGUGUAUGAUGUAAUUUGGAGGUUUCGACCAAACACUAGAGAGCUGUGGUGUUACAAUGCAGUGGUUGCUGAUGCCAGACUCCCCUCUGCAGCAGACAUGCAGUCCAGAUGUAGUAUUCUAAGUCCUGAACUUGCCUUACCUACAGGAUCAAGGGCUCUCACCACCCGAUCUCACGCAGCUUUGCACAUUCUAGGUUGUCUUGAUACCUUGGCAGCUAUGCAGGAUUUAAAAAUGGGUGUUGCAAGUACAGAAGAGGAGACUCAAGCAGUGAUGAAAGUUUAUUCCAAAGAAGAUUAUAGUGUGGUAAACAGGUUUGAAAGUCAUGGAGGGGGCUGGGGUUACUCUGCCCACUCAGUAGAAGCUAUACGUUUUAGUUCAGACACUGAUAUUUUACUUGGUGGUCUCGGUCUGUUUGGAGGUAGAGGAGAAUAUACUGCUAAAAUUAAGCUGUUUGAGUUGGGGCCUGAUGGAGGAGAUCAUGAAACUGAUGGAGACCUUCUUGCAGAGACUGAUGUGUUGGCUUAUGACUGUGCUGCUAGAGAAAAAUAUGCAAUGAUGUUUGAUGAACCAGUUCUGCUGCAAGCUGGAUGGUGGUAUGUAGCCUGGGCUCGAGUGUCAGGACCCAGCAGUGACUGUGGAUCUCACGGACAAGCUUCUAUUACCACAGAUGAUGGGGUUGUUUUCCAGUUUAAGAGUUCAAAGAAAUCAAAUAAUGGUACAGAUGUUAAUGCUGGUCAGAUACCUCAGUUAUUAUACAGGCUUCCAACCAGUGAUGGCAGUGCUUCAAAAGGCAAACAGCAGACCAGUGAACCUGUACACAUUUUAAAGAGAUCUUUUGCUAGAACUGUCUCAGUGGAAUGUUUUGAGUCAUUGUUGAGUAUUCUUCACUGGAGCUGGACAACCUUAGUCUUAGGAGUUGAAGAACUUAGAGGAUUAAAAGGAUUCCAGUUCACGGCUACACUACUAGAUUUAGAGAGACUGCGCUUUGUGGGUACCUGUUGUCUGAGGUUAUUGCGUGUCUAUACCUGUGAAAUUUAUCCAGUGUCAGCUACAGGAAAAGCAGUUGUAGAAGAAACUAGCAAAUUAGCAGAGUGUAUUGGAAAAACCAGAACUUUGUUAAGAAAAAUUUUAUCAGAAGGAGUUGAUCACUGCAUGGUGAAGUUGGAUAAUGAUCCUCAAGGAUACCUCAGUCAACCCUUGAGUCUCUUAGAAGCUGUCCUUCAAGAGUGUCAUAAUACCUUUACUGCCUGUUUUCAUUCUUUCUACCCAACUCCUGCCUUACAGUGGGCUUGUCUUUGUGAUCUGCUGAAUUGUUUGGAUCAGGAUAUUCAAGAAGCAAACUUCAAGACAUCAAGUAGCCGACUCCUUGCAGCUGUUAUGUCAGCUCUGUGUCACACUUCUGUUAAGCUGACUUCAAUCUUCCCUAUUGCGUAUGAUGGAGAAGUACUACUAAGAUCAAUUGUUAAACAGGUCAGCACAGAGAAUGACUCAACUCUCGUUCACCGUUUUCCCCUUUUGGUGGCACAUAUGGAGAAACUCAGUCAGAGUGAGGAGAAUAUCUCAGGGAUGACAAGCUUCCGUGAAGUUCUGGAGAAAAUGCUGGUUAUUGUUGUGUUACCAGUCAGGAACAGCCUGAGGAGAGAAAAUGAACUCUUUUCAUCCCUCCUGGUCUCUAACACCUGUGGAUUGCUUGCCAGUAUUGUCAGUGAACUUACAGCAUCAGCAUUGGGAUCUGAGGUUGAUGCACUUAAUUCUCUCCACUCUGUAAAAGCCAGUGCUAACCGAUUCACAAAAACAAGUCAGGGAAGAAGUUGGAACACCGGGAAUGGGUCUCCUGAUGCAAUCUGUUUUUCAGUAGACAAACCUGGAAUAGUUGUGGUUGGUUUCUCUGUCUAUGGAGGAGGUGGGAUUCAUGAAUAUGAAUUAGAGGUAUUGGUUGAUGAUAGUGAGCACGUAGGAGAUUCAACUCAUUCUCACAGAUGGACCUCUCUAGAACUAGUCAAAGGAACCUAUACAACAGAUGAUUCCCCCAGUGAUAUAGCUGAAAUUAGACUUGACAAAGUUGUUCCUUUAAAGGAAAAUGUUAAAUAUGCUGUGCGCUUGAGGAACUAUGGAAGCCGUACAGCCAAUGGGGAUGGAGGAAUGACCACAGUUCAGUGCCCUGAUGGUGUCACAUUUACAUUCAGCACGUGCAGCUUGAGUAGUAAUGGCACAAACCAAACCAGAGGACAGAUUCCACAGAUACUGUACUAUAGGAGUGAAUUUGAUGGAGAUUUGCAAUCCCAACUUCUGAGUAAAGCCAAUGAAGAAGAUAAAAACUGUAGCAGAGCUCUCUCUGUGGUGAGCACUGUUGUCCGAGCUGCUAAAGACCUCUUGCAUAGAGCUCUUGCUGUAGAUGCUGAUGACAUUCCAGAACUGCUUAGCUCUUCCAGUCUGUUUUCCAUGCUGCUUCCUCUUAUUAUAGCCUACAUAGGACCAGUAGCUGCUGCUAUUCCCAAGGUGGCUGUCGAAGUAUUUGGCCUUGUUCAACAGUUGCUGCCCUCGGUUGCCAUUUUGAAUCAGAAGUAUGCACCCCCUGCUUUCAAUCCUAAUCAGUCAACAGAUAGCACCACCGGAAACCAGCCUGAGCAAGGCCUGUCCGCUUGUACGACUUCUAAUCACUAUGCUGUCAUAGAAAGUGAGCACCCAUAUAAACCUGCAUGUGUUAUGCACUACAAGGUGACAUUCCCAGAAUGUGUAAGGUGGAUGACAAUCGAGUUUGACCCUCAGUGUGGAACUGCACAGUCAGAAGAUGUCCUCCGCUUGUUGAUUCCUGUGAGAACUGUCCAGAAUUCAGGAUAUGGACCAAAACUGACAUCUGUUCAUGAAAAUCUUAAUUCAUGGAUAGAAUUAAAGAAAUUUGCAGGAUCCUCUGGGUGGCCUAGUAUGGUUUUAGUGCUUCCAGGAAAUGAGGCCCUUUUUUCAUUGGAGACUGCAUCGGAUUAUGUGAAAGAUGACAAAGCUUCUUUCUACGGUUUCAAGUGUUUUGCAAUUGGAUAUGAAUUUAGCCCUGGACCUGAUGAGGGUGUCAUUCAGUUGGAAAAAGAGUUAGCCAAUCUUGGUGGGGUUUGUGCAGCAGCUUUGAUGAAAAAGGAUCUCGCACUUCCUAUUGGUAAUGAACUAGAGGAAGAUCUUGAAAUUCUUGAAGAGGCUGCAUUACAGGUGUGCAAAACCCAUUCUGGUAUCCUUGGAAAGGGUUUAGCUCUUUCUCAUUCACCAACUAUAUUAGAGGCACUUGAAGGAAAUUUACCACUUCAAAUCCAAAGCAAUGAGCAGUCUUUUCUGGAUGAUUUUAUUGCUUGUGUUCCAGGAUCAAGUGGUGGAAGGCUUGCAAGGUGGCUUCAGCCGGAUUCCUAUGCUGAUCCUCAGAAAACAUCUUUGAUCCUGAAUAAGGAUGAUAUUCGUUGUGGUUGGCCUACCACCAUAACUGUUCAAACAAAAGACCAGUAUGGGGAUGUGGUACAUGUUCCCAAUAUGAAGGUGGAAGUGAAGGCCGUCCCUGUUUCUCAGAAAAAAACAUCUUUACAACAAGAGCAAGUCAAGAAAUCUCAAAGGAUUCCUGGCAGUCCUGCAGUAACAGCUGCGUCUUCUAAUACUGACAUGACUUUUGGUGGACUGGCAUCACCAAAGCUUGAUGUUUCAUAUGAACCAAUGAUAGUGAAGGAGGCUCGAUAUAUUGCCAUAACAAUGAUGAAGGUUUAUGAAAAUUAUUCAUUUGAAGAACUGCGUUUUGCAUCACCAACUCCUAAGAGACCAAGUGAAAAUAUGCUGAUUCGUGUCAAUAACGAUGGCAGUUAUUGUGCGAACUGGACUCCAGGAGCUAUUGGACUCUACACUAUUCAUGUUACCAUCGAUGGCAUUGAAAUAGAUGCUGGCCUAGAAGUAAAAGUAAAAGAUCCACCAAAAGGCAUGGUACCACCUGGAACUCAGCUGGUCAAACCAAAGGCUGAACCUCAACCAAAUAAGGUUCGAAAAUUUGUGGCCAAGGACAGUGCAGGACUCCGUAUCCGUAGCCACCCUUCCCUUCAAAGUGAACAGAUAGGCAUAGUUAAAGUUAAUGGAACUAUCACUUUUAUUGAUGAGAUCCACAAUGAUGAUGGUGUAUGGCUCAGACUGAAUGAUGAGACAAUAAAGAAGUAUGUACCUAACAUGAAUGGUUACACCGAAGCCUGGUGCCUCUCUUUUAAUCAGCAUCUUGGCAAGAGCCUUCUGGUCCCUGUUGACAAUAUCUUUAAUGCUAGCCAAGGAGUCAGGGAUUUGGACGUAUUUUCAUGGACUUCCAAAGCCUUUUUCCCCCAGGAACCUAAAACUAACACUGAUGACUUUUUCAAAGACAUAAACUCCUGCUGCUCACAGGAAGCAACAAUGCAAGAACAGGAUAUGCCAUUCUUGCGAGGAGGGCCAGGCAUGUACAAGGUAGUGAAGACAGGACCUUCAGGUCACAACAUCAGAAGCUGCCCCAACCUUAGAGGUAUCCCAAUUGGAAUGUUAGUUCUGGGAAACAAAGUCAAAGCAGUGGGAGAGGUAACCAAUUCUGAAGGUACAUGGGUGCAGCUGGAUAAGAACAGCAUGGUAGAGUUCUGUGAGAGUGAUGAAGGAGAGGCAUGGUCCUUAGCUAGAGACAGAGGCGGCAACCAGUACCUCCGACAUGAAGAUGAACAAGUUCUUCUGGAUCAGAAUUCUCAAACCCCUCCUCCAAGCCCUUUCUCAGUACAAGCUUUUAAUAAAGGAGCAAGUUGCAGUGCCCAAGGAUUUGAUUAUGGACUCGGAAAUAAUAAAGGUGACCGAGGAAAUGUCUCAACAUCUUCUAGACCGGUCUCUACAUCAGGGAAAUCGGAGCUGUCCUCUAAACACAGCAGAUCACUUAAACCUGAUGGACGUAUGAGCCGGACUGCUACUGAUCAGAAGAAGCCACGGGGUACAGAAGGUUUAUCUGCUAGUGAAUCCCUCAUGUUAAAGUCUGAUGCCGCAAAGUUGAGGUCAGAUUCUCAUAGUAGGUCAUUGUCCCCCAACCAUAACACCUUGCAGACACUAAAAUCUGAGGGGAGGAUGUCUUCUAGCCUCAGAGCUGAAUCCCCAGGACCAGGUUCUCGGUCAUCAUCUCCUAAGCCAAAGACUCUCCCAGCUAGUAGGUCUAGCCCACCUGGUGCUGGUUCUCCACGCUCCUCCUCACCACAUGAUAAAAAUCUACCUCAGAAAAGCGCUGCUCCUGUUAAGACUAAACUUGAUCCUCCUCGGGAACGUUCCAAAUCAGACUCUUACACACUCGAUCCAGAUACCCUCCGCAAGAAGAAAAUGCCCCUGACAGAACCACUGAGGGGACGAUCAACAUCACCAAAACCAAAAUCAGUACCAAAGGAUUCUAAAGGUUCCCCUGGAUCCGAAAAUAGAGCUCCUUCUCCCCAUGUGGUACAAGAAAACCUUCACAGUGAGGUGGUUGAAGUCUGCACUUCGAGUACUUUAAAAACAAAUAGUCUAACAGAUAGUACCUGUGAUGAAAGCAGUGAAUUUAAGAGUGUGGAUGAAGGUUCAAAUAAAGUUCAUUUCAGCAUAGGAAAAGCGCCACUGAAAGAUGAACAGGAAAUGAGAGCUUCCCCCAAAAUAAGCCGAAAGUGUGCUAAUAGGCAUACCAGGCUCAAAAAGGAAAAAUCCAGCUUUCUUUUCAAAGGAGAUGGAUCUAAACCUUUAGAACCAGCCAAGCAAGCCAUGUCCCCCUCUGUGGCUGAGUGUGCCCGAGCAGUCUUUGCCUCUUUCCUUUGGCAUGAAGGGAUAGUACAUGAUGCAAUGGCAUGUUCUUCUUUCCUAAAAUUUAAUCCUGAACUUUCCAAAGAACAUGCUCCUAUAAGGAGUAGUUUAAAUAGCCAACAGCCUACAGAGGAAAAGGAAACCAAGUUAAAAAAUAGACACUCACUGGAAAUAUCAUCUGCUCUUAAUAUGUUUAAUAUUGCACCUCAUGGACCAGAUAUAUCUAAAAUGGGUAGCAUCAACAAAAAUAAGGUGUUGUCUAUGCUGAAGGAACCACCUCUGCAUGAAAAGUGUGAGGAUGGGAAAGCUGAAACCACUUUUGAAAUGUCCAUGCAUCACACAAUGAAAUCUAAAUCGCCUCUUCCCUUAACUCUACAACAUUUAGUGGCUUUUUGGGAAGACAUCUCUUUGGCUACUAUCAAAGCAGCUUCCCAGAAUAUGAUUUUUCCAAGUCCUGGUUCCUGUGCAGUCCUUAAAAAGAAAGAAUGUGAGAAAGAGAAUAAAAAGGCCAAAAAGGAAAAAAAGAAAAAAGAAAAGGCAGAAGUUAGGCCCAGGGGUAAUUUGUUCGGUGAGAUGGCCCAGCUCGCAGUUGGAGGACCAGAGAAGGACACCGUCUGUGAGCUGUGUGGAGAAUCCCAUCCAUACCCAGUGACCUAUCACAUGAGACAAGCACACCCAGGUUGUGGCCGGUAUGCCGGUGGACAAGGUUACAAUAGCAUUGGACAUUUUUGUGGAGGAUGGGCUGGCAACUGUGGUGACGGUGGCAUAGGAGGAAGCACUUGGUAUCUGGUAUGUGAUCGCUGUAGAGAAAAAUACCUCCGUGAAAAGCAGGCUGCGGCAAGGGAGAAGGUCAAACAAUCUAGGAGAAAGCCAAUGCAAGUCAAGACUCCUCGCGCCUUGCCCACUAUGGAAGCUCACCAGGUGAUUAAAGCAAACGCGCUCUUCCUGCUCUCCCUCAGUAGUGCAGCAGAGCCAAGCAUUCUGUGUUACCACCCCACGAAGCCAUUCCCGUCUCAGCUUCCCAGUGUGAAAGAGGGCAUCUCCGAAGACCUUCCUGUUAAAAUGCCUUGUCUCUACCUACAGACGUUAGCCAGGCAUCAUCAUGAAAAUUUAGUGGGCUAUCAAGAUGACAACCUCUUCCAGGAUGAAAUGAGGUAUCUCCGUUCAACAUCCGUUCCUGCCCCAUACAUAUCAGUAACGCCUGAUGCAAGUCCUAAUGUAUUUGAAGAGCCAGAGAGUAAUAUGAAGUCUAUGCCUCCAAGCUUGGAAACUAGUCCUAUAACUGAUACUGAUCUGGCAAAGAGAACUGUCUUCCAAAGAUCAUACUCCGUUGUUGCUUCUGAAUAUGAUAAACAACACUCCAUUUUACCUGCACGAGUUAAGGCCAUUCCUAGAAGAAGAGUUAACAGUGGAGACACUGAAGUUGGUUCUUCUCUUUUGAGACAUCCAUCUCCUGAGCUUUCCCGACUAAUCUCAGCCCACAGCUCUCUUUCCAAAGGAGAACGAAAUUUCCAAUGGCCAGUUUUAGCUUUUGUUAUACAGCAUCAUGAUCUAGAAGGUCUUGAAAUAGCAAUGAAACAGGCCUUAAGGAAAUCUGCUUGUCGAGUUUUUGCUAUGGAGGCUUUCAACUGGCUUCUGUGUAAUGUUAUCCAAACAACUUCUCUCCAUGAUAUUCUGUGGCAUUUUGUGGCAUCACUGACUCCUGCUCCAGUGGAACCUGAGGAAGAAGAGGAUGAGGAAAAUAAAACAAACAAAGAAAAUACAGAACAAGAGAAAGAUACACGAGUAUGUGAACAUCCACUCUCAGAUAUAGUGAUUGCCGGGGAAGCUGCGCAUCCUUUACCACACACGUUUCACCGCUUGCUUCAGACGAUCUCUGAUCUUAUGAUGUCUCUCCCCGGUGGCAGCUCAUUACAGCAAAUGGCCCUACGAUGCUGGAGUCUGAAAUUCAAGCAAUCUGAUCACCAGUUCCUCCAUCAGAGCAACGUCUUUCAUCACAUUAACAAUAUUUUGUCAAAAUCAGAUGAUGGCGAUAGUGAAGAGAGUUUUAGCAUCAGUAUACAGUCUGGCUUUGAAGCUAUGAGUCAGGAAUUGUGCAUAGUAAUGUGCUUAAAGGACCUAACCAGCAUUGUUGACAUAAAAACAUCAAGCCGACCUGCCAUGAUUGGCAGUUUGACCGAUGGUUCCACAGAAACCUUUUGGGAAUCAGGAGAUGAGGAUAAAAACAAAACUAAGAACAUCACCAUCAACUGUGUAAAAGGAAUCAAUGCCCGCUAUGUGUCUGUUCAUGUGGACAAUUCCCGAGAUCUCGGAAAUAAAGUUACCUCAAUGACCUUCUUAACUGGCAAAGCAGUAGAAGAUUUGUGCAGAAUCAAGCAGGUUGACCUGGACUCCAGGCACAUUGGUUGGGUAACAAGUGAACUUCCAGGAGGGGAUAACCACAUCAUCAAAAUUGAAUUAAAGGGCCCAGAAAAUACACUGAGGGUUCGACAAGUUAAAGUCCUGGGCUGGAAGGAUGGAGAAAGCACUAAGAUUGCUGGCCAGAUUUCAGCCAGUGUGGCCCAGCAAAGGAACUGUGAAGCAGAGACCCUACGAGUGUUCAGACUCAUUACAUCCCAAGUGUUUGGAAAGCUCAUCUCUGGAGAUGCCGAACCUACACCAGAGCAAGAGGAGAAAGCACUAUUGUCUUCACCUGAAGGAGAGGAAAAAGUAUACAAUGCAACAUCAGAUGCGGACCUGAAAGAACACAUGGUUGGAAUUAUAUUCAGCAGAAGUAAACUGACUAACUUACAAAAACAGGUGUGUGCUCACAUCGUCCAGGCUAUUCGCAUGGAAGCCACCAGAGUCCGUGAAGAAUGGGAACAUGCCAUAUCAAGUAAAGAAAAUGCCAAUUCGCAGCCAAAUGAUGAAGAUGCCUCCUCUGACGCUUAUUGCUUUGAGCUGCUAUCUAUGGUUUUAGCACUGAGUGGCUCUAAUGUGGGUCGGCAGUAUCUAGCUCAGCAGCUAACUCUGCUUCAGGACCUCUUUUCACUGCUGCACACAGCCUCACCUAGAGUCCAGAGACAGGUGACCUCCUUACUAAGACGAGUUUUGCCUGAAGUGACCCCUAGUCGGCUGGCUAGCAUCAUAGGAGUGAAAUCCCUUCCCCCAGCAGAUAUCAGUGAUAUCAUACAUUCAACAGAGAAAGGAGAUUGGAAUAAGCUAGGUAUCUUAGACAUGUUUCUAGGAUGCAUUGCCAAAGCACUCACCGUACAGCUAAAAGCCAAAGGAACCACCAUCACAGGAACAGCUGGUACCACCGCGGGCAAAGGAGUUACAACAGUUACCCUUCCAAUGAUUUUUAAUUCCAGUUACAUUCGACGAGGUGAAAGCCAUUGGUGGCUGAAGGGCUCAACUCCUACCCAGAUCUCAGAGAUUAUUAUUAAACUUAUAAAGGAUAUGGCAGCAGGUCAUCUGUCAGAAGCUUGGUCCCGAGUAACAAAAAACGCCAUUGCAGAAACCAUCAUUGCCUUGACCAAGAUGGAGGAAGAGUUCAGGUCUCCAGUGAGAUGUAUUGCAACAACUAGGCUCUGGCUCGCUCUGGCAUCACUGUGUGUUCUUGAUCAGGAUCAUGUAGAUCGUCUCUCCUCAGGGAGAUGGAUGGGAAAGGAUGGACAACAAAAACAAAUGCCCAUGUGUGACAACCAUGAUGAUGGUGAAACUGCAGCAAUCAUUUUGUGCAACAUUUGUGGAAAUUUAUGUACUGACUGUGACAGGUUCCUUCACCUUCACCGUCGGACCAAAACUCAUCACAGACAGGUCUUCAAAGAAGAAGAAGAAGCUAUAAAGGUUGACCUUCAUGAAGGUUGUGGUAGAACCAAAUUGUUCUGGUUGAUGGCACUAGCAGAUUCUAAAACAAUGAAGGCAAUGGUGGAAUUCCGAGAACACACAGGCAAACCAACUACAAGUAGCUCAGAAGCAUGCCGUUUCUGUGGUUCCAGGAGUGGAACAGAGUUAUCUGCUGUUGGCAGUGUUUGUUCUGAUGCAGAUUGCCAGGAGUAUGCUAAGAUAGCCUGUAGUAAGACGCAUCCUUGUGGGCAUCCAUGUGGAGGGGUUAAGAACGAAGAGCAUUGUUUGCCAUGUCUACACGGCUGCGAUAAACAUGCCACAACACUGAAGCAAGAUGCUGAUGACAUGUGCAUGAUCUGUUUCACUGAAGCACUCUCAGCAGCACCCGCCAUUCAGCUGGACUGCAGUCACAUAUUCCACUUACAGUGCUGUCGACGAGUUUUGGAAAACAGAUGGCUUGGUCCAAGGAUAACAUUUGGAUUUAUAUCUUGUCCCAUUUGCAAGAAUAAAAUAAAUCACAUAGUAUUAAAAGACCUGCUUGAUCCAAUCAAAGAACUCUAUGAGGAUGUCAGAAGAAAGGCCUUGAUGAGACUGGAAUAUGAAGGUCUGCAUAAGAGUGAAGCGAUCACAACUCCUGGUGUGAGGUUUUAUAAUGACCCAGCUGGCUACGCCAUGAAUAGAUAUGCAUAUUAUGUCUGCUACAAAUGCAGAAAGGCAUAUUUUGGUGGCGAAGCUCGCUGUGAUGCUGAGGCUGGACAAGGGGACGAUUAUGAUCCCAGAGAGCUCAUUUGUGGUGCCUGUUCUGAUGUAUCCAGGGCUCAGAUGUGUCCCAAACAUGGCACAGACUUUUUGGAAUAUAAAUGUCGCUACUGCUGCUCAGUGGCUGUCUUUUUCUGUUUUGGAACCACACAUUUUUGUAAUGCUUGUCAUGAUGAUUUUCAAAGAAUGACUAGCAUUCCUAAGGAAGAACUACCACACUGUCCUGCAGGUCCCAAAGGCAAACAGCUAGAAGGAACUGAAUGCCCACUCCAUGUUGUUCAUCCACCUACUGGGGAAGAGUUUGCUCUGGGUUGUGGAGUGUGCAGAAAUGCUCACACUUUUUAGAACACUCAGAUUCCUUUGUCUACAGAGAGAAAAGUUGCCUUCAUCCCCCAAGAGGAUGUGGUGAAGUUUAAACUCUGCUCAGGAUAAGGACGGGACCAUUUUUACAUCCAUGAAAAUGAACCAUUUACAAUGCAAGAAGAUGCCAAAUACCAUGUACAUAAUUCUUGCUGUGGAAAGUUUCCCCAUUACUUUGUUUCAUCUUCUUUUUGAACCAAGACAUCCAAUUUGUGAGGUGUUUGCAUGUGGCCAUUACCGUCAUUGGCUGUGAAGCAUUGGACAUUUAUAGAUAAUUGAUACAAAAGAAUCACCAUG